AUGGCUACAAUUAGCACGCAGCAUUCAUAUCCACCCGUUCACAGGCUCUCAGUCAGGAAUAAUGACGAUGAGCUCGAGAGAAUAGAAAAUGGCAACAGCAGGACUCACUCAUUAUGUGAGGACACAUCUUCUGAACUGCAGGGAGUGAUCUCCAUGGAGACCAAAGGACAGCCUGAGUCCCGCCGGAGUUCUUUCGCAGGCAGAGGAGCUCUAGCCAGGUUCACCCAGUUCAUUCUCAUGCUGAGGAACUGGACAACUCAGCAAACACGCAGUGAAGAUCAGAGGCCAGAUUCCUUCUUGGAACGCUUUCGAGGACCAGAGAUGAAGGACGUGUCAAGCCGAGAGAGCAACACCCAGUCAGCUAUAGGCAAUCUGGAGCAUCCAGUCAGGAGCAAAAACCAGUGGUCCUUGGCACAUUUCAAUGUAAACAACUGCAACAACAAGGAUGAAGGGAAAGAAAAGCUUGAAGCAAAUGACAAGGAAGCGGAAAAUAAAGAGACAGGCAAAGUGGAAGAAAAAAAAGAUGAGAACAAGGAAGGGAAAAAAGAUGAGAAAAAGGAAGGGAAAAAAGAUGAGAAAAAGAAGGAAGAGAAGAAAGAGGUGUACGUCAUUGACCCUGCAGAAAAUCUUUACUAUAGAUGGCUUUCUAUUAUCGCAGUGCCUGUCAUGUACAACUGGUGUAUGCUAGUGAGCAGGGCUUGUUUUGAUGAACUUCAAGUAAAAAAUCUCGCCUUGUGGCUGGUGCUGGAUUACAUAUCCGACACAAUCUACAUAAUGGAUUCAGCUGUAAGAUUCCGAACGGGUUUUCUUGAACAAGGGCUGCUCGUUAAGGAUGCAAAGAAAUUGAGAGAGAAUUACAUGAGGAUGCCUCAGUUUAAAUUGGACAUGCUCUCUCUUCUACCAACAGAUUUAUCCUACAUUUGGUUGGGAUCUAACUACCCGGAGGUGAGAUUUAAUCGUCUAUUCCGUUUUGGCCGAAUGUUUGAAUAUUUUGAUCGCACGGAAACCAGGACCAACUACCCUAACAUAUUUCGAAUUGGAAAUCUUGUUCUGUAUAUUCUCAUCAUUAUUCACUGGAAUGGCUGCGUUUAUUAUGCUAUUUCAAAAUCGAUUGGGUUUGGUAUUGACACCUGGGUCUAUCCAAACAUAUCCCAUCCUGAAUAUGGGCGGCUCAGCAGAAAAUACAUCUACUGCCUUUACUGGUCCACUUUGACCUUGACUACCAUUGGAGAAACGCCUCCUCCAGUCAAGGACGUGGAGUAUUUAUUUGUAGUAAUUGACUUUCUGGUGGGAGUGCUCAUCUUUGCCACCAUUGUUGGUAAUGUGGGUGCCAUGAUCUCAAACAUGAAUGCCUCUCGAGCUGAGUUCCAAUCCAAAAUUGACUCCAUCAAACAGUACAUGCAGUUCCGUAAAGUGAGCAAAGAUCUAGAGGCCAGGAUCAUCAAGUGGUUUGAUUACCUAUGGAUCAACAAGAAGAGCGUGGAUGAGAAGGAAGUCCUUAAAAACCUACCCGAUAAACUAAAGGCUGAAAUCGCCAUCAACGUCCACUUGGACACUCUAAAGAAAGUCCGAAUCUUUUCAGAUUGUGAAGCCGGCCUUUUGAUCGAGUUGGUGCUCAAGCUGCAGCCUCAAGUGUACAGCCCCGGAGACUACAUUUGCCGAAAGGGGGACAUUGGCAGGGAGAUGUACAUCAUUAAAGAAGGCAAACUGGCAGUUGUAGCUGAUGAUGGGGUAACACAGUUUGUGGUCCUGAGUGAUGGCAGUUACUUUGGAGAAAUCAGCAUCUUGAACAUAAAGGGCAGUAAGGCAGGCAACAGGCGGACAGCCAACAUAAGAAGCAUAGGCUACUCUGAUCUCUUCUGUCUGUCCAAAGUUGACCUGAUGGAAGCCCUGACUGAGUAUCCAGAUGCCAAAAAGAUUCUGGAAGAGAAGGGGCGUCAGAUUCUGAUGAAGGAUAAUUUGAUAGAUGAAGAGGUAGCAAAAGUGGGAGCGGAUCCAAAAGACCUGGAAGAAAAAGUGGAGAGAAUGGAGUCUUCAUUGGACAGCUUGCAGACUAGGUUUGCUAGGCUCAUGGCCGAGUAUAAAUCCAGUCAAAUGAAGCUGAAGCAAAGGCUUACAAAGGUGGAAAACAGAGUAAGAGGCUAUGGCAGUGGAUACCUAUCGGAUGAACUGGACAGUUUGACUGACACAGAACUAGAAAAACAGUGA